UGUCUUUUCUUGUCCUGACUUGUCUUGACUCUUCUUGUCUUGACUCUUCUCCUCUUGUCUUGACUCUUGUCUUGUCUCGACUCUUCUUGACUCGACUCUUCUUGACUUGUCCUGACUCUUCUUGACUCGACUCUUCUUCUCUUGUACAUGCACUCGGCCAUGCCCCUCUUUCCCUGACACACUGGCUUGCUCUCGGGUUCUACCGUCCCACAAUAUGGCGCCCGCGCUUCUUGCUGCCGUUGACUCGGCCGCGCACAUCCAUCUCGUCGUCGGCUCGAACCCACUCGCCGGUGCACGGUGCGCGCGCUCGAUUGAAGUCGGCGCGCACCCCAUACUGAUCGCACCCGAGGAUGCGACCCUGCACUACGGACUGGCCAAGCGCAUCGACGAGGGCGAGGUCAAGUGGAUCAAGCGCGGCUUCCAGGAAGCGGACCUGACCACGCUGGGCCGCGCUGAGGUGGAUGGCGUCGUCGAUGCCGUCUUUGUGACGGCUGGAGGGAAGCAGGGGCAGAGCACACAAAUAUCCAGCCUGUGCCGCCGACUGCGGAUCCCCGUCAACGUCGCCGAUGCGCCCAACCUCUGCUCCUUCACCCUCCUCUCCACACACUCCGACGGCCCUCUGCAGAUUGGCGUGACUGCGUCUGGCAAGGGCUGCAAGCUGUCAGCUCGCAUACGGCGCGAGAUUGCAUCCUCGCUGCCACCCCACCUCGGCGACGCCGUCGAGCGUCUCGGCACGCUCCGCAGGCGCAUCUGGGAGGAAGAGCACGCCGCCGAGCUCUCGCAAGACCUCGAAGCCGAAGAAGAAGACAGCGGCCAGCCCGCCACCUUCAACAAGUUCGUCAUGGAAGAGAGCAAAGAAGCAGCCCGCGGCCGCCGCAUGCGCUGGCUCUCGCAAAUCUGCGAGUACUGGCCGCUGCGCCGCCUGGCUGCCAUUACAGACGCAGACAUUGACACCCUGUUUCGCGAAUUCGCCGCCAGCUCCGCCUCCAAAACCGGGCCCACCAGCACCGCCUCCAACACGGGGCCCACCGGCACCGCCUCCAGCAUCGGGCCCACUGGCACGCCCACCCCGCCCGCGCGCAAAGGCCGCAUCAUCCUCGCCGGCUCCGGCCCUGGCAACCCCGAUCUCCUCACGCGCGCAGCCUACAAAGCGAUCCAGUCGGCCGACCUCAUCCUGGCCGACAAGCUCGUCCCCGCUCCCAUUCUCGACCUCGUCCCCCGCCGCGCAACCGUGCACAUUGCCCGCAAGUUCCCCGGCAACGCAGACCGCGCCCAAGAAGAGCUCCUCGAAUGGGGUCUUGCCGGCCUCGAGCAGGGCAAAGUCGUCGUCCGCAUCAAGCAGGGCGAUCCGUACAUUUACGGCCGCGGCGGCGAGGAGUACGCCUUCUUCCGCGACCACGGCUUCGUGCCGACUGUGCUUCCCGGCAUAACGAGCGCCCUCUCUGCCCCGCUGUUCGCGGCCAUUCCGGCUACGCACAGAGGCGUCGCCGAUCAGGUGUUGAUCUGCACCGGCACGGGGCGCAAGGGCGCGCCUCUCGACCCGCCCGAGUUUGUUGCGAGCCGCACAAUCGUCCUCCUCAUGUCGCUGCACAGACUCGAGGCGCUCAUCGUCUCGCUCGUCGCCAAGGGGUAUCCCGCCGACCUGCCCGUCGCCGUGCUGGAGCGCGCGAGCUGUCCCGACCAGCGCGUCAUCCGCACCACGCUCCAGCACGUGUGCGCCGCCGUCGAGGAGGAGGGCAGCAGACCGCCGGGCUUGCUCGUCGUCGGAAACGCGUGCAGAGUGCUGAGCGACUACAGCCAGCGCUGGGUCGUCGAGGAGGGCUUCCACGGCCUGGACGACCUUGGCGCGGACGGGGAGCUGCAGCUGAGCAAGCUGGGCGACGGGGUCGCAAAGACUGCUGCGUAGAGCAGUGCAGGUAGACGGCCUGCCGAUUGUGAUAGCAAUAGACACGCAUUCCACAACCUACUCUUUCCAUCUCACCUGUGUUUCUCUCGGGCUGCUCUCUUUCCAUCUCACCUGUGUUUCUCUCGGGCUGCUCUCUUUUCAUCUCACCUGUGUUUCUGUGUUUCUCUCGGGCUACUCACCUCCCUACCAAACAUACCGAUCCUGCUGUCACUGCCGGU